CUCGGUGGUUGCAACAUCAUAUCCACAGCUCUGCGUCCUCGAUCGCAGUCGCCUUUUUAAUGCGCCAAGCCAGCAGAGAGAAAAGCGCUGAAAGAGCCGCUCGCCUUUCCUUUUGGAGUUAACGUCUUUGGAAAUACCUAACGCACCACCCGCCUCCAAUCUCCGAGCGGACGGCACAGACCUGCGCGCAGACGUCGAGCGUAACGAAGAGAUGAGAAUUGCGUCCUGAUAGCCACAUAUCACUAAAUGCUGCUUUAAUGUGAAGACGUGCAAGGCACCAGCCGACACAUGGAGUCCAGGGUUCCCCACCACAUUCCCGGAGUGUCUUCUUCCCUUAUCUCUCAGCCUUUGCUGGACAGUCGAGUGCCCUACGGUCGUCUUCAGCAUCCUCUCAACAUUUAUCCCAUUGACCAGAUAAAGUCAUCACAUGUGGAGAAUGACUAUAUUGACAGUCCAGCUGUUGUGGCUCAGCAGCCUGUGAGCCAGAAAUCUGCAAAUCGAAGAAUCACCUGGCUGGGUCAGAAUCAGGAGGCCUUCCUUGGGGCCAACCAUAAUCAUCACCACAAUCACCAACAUCAGCUCCAUCAGCACGGCCGAUGUGAGCCUCACCCUCACCCGGACACCACCACCCACCCCUGGAUUUCCUUCAGUGGCAGGCCCAGUUCUAUUAGCAGCAGCAGCAGUACCUCUUCCGAUCAGCGGCUGUUGGACCAUGCAGCACCGACGCCGACGGUGGAUCACCACCCAAACUCAAACCAUCACAAGGGCCCCAUCAACACUGUCACAACCCGAACUCCUGGUUGUUUCGCUUCCUCUGAAUCUAAAGUCCUGACAUCCUCUUCCUCUGCUUCCUCCUGCUCCUCUUUCUCAAAAUCACUUGACCUCAAGUCUGCAAAGGUUCCUGCUGGAGGCGUGUGCUCCACUGGGAUUCAACAAGGAUUGGCGCUUAUCCCUUCCUCUCCAACCGAAAAGAAGCACCUGUUUGUCUGCGAGCACUGUGGGAAGUGUCGAUGCACUGAGUGCACGCUCCCCCGAGCCUUACCCUCCUGUUGGGUCUGCAACCAGGAGUGCCUGUGCUCGGCUCAGAGCCUGGUAGACACAGCCACCUGCAUGUGCCUAGUCAAAGGGAUCUUCUACCACUGCACCGAGGACGAGGACGACGAGGGCUCCUGUGCAGACAAGCCCUGCUCAUGUUCACAAGCCAACUGCUGUGCACGCUGGUCUUUUAUGGCCGCCCUCUCUGUCGUCUUGCCAUGCCUGAUCUGCUACCUUCCAGCUACGGGACUGGCCAAGCUGGGGCAGAAAUGUUAUGACAAUGUUAGCAGGCCUGGCUGUCGCUGCAAGAACUCGCAGGCUGGCAUGAACAUCCCCGUCAGUAAAAAUGGAGGAGUGGAAGCAAACGUCGGGACAGAAAAGCAGCAGCAGGGCUCAUGAUAGUAGACUCAACUAGCUGGCUGUGGCCUUGCAAGAAAAUGGACAGGACCUCACUUGUUUAGUUAAUAUGGACUGGACAAGGCAACACAACCCCAUUAAACCAUCAUAUUUAUCUGCUGGAACAUGACUAUUAAAACAAUGGUACUUAAACGGUUUCUUGACCUAUGUUUGAUGGCAUGGAUGAUUAAAAUGGGCCAUUUAAAAGUGGAACAGCUAACAGGUUUGGUGAGAUUUGUUUUCAUGUUCUAUAACGGUGACGUUGAUAAGAGACCAGAUUGUGUGGCCUUGUGUCUGGGUUUAAAAAAAAUGGCUGAAGGCACAAAGUCGUACCUCUCUGCUGCUCAAUAUUUUUCCAGCUAUUUUUUCGUAAUACCAAUUAAACAGAAACUGAGACUUCAAAAGGUAUUCACCCCCAGUCAUCUAGAAAAGCACAGCCCAGUGUCAAUCAGGAAAGCAAGUGGUUAACUGUUGAAUACUGUGGCUUUUAUGAUGAGCCAUUACAAGAGACAACUUCCUCUCAAAAGUGAUUUUCACCAUCUUUUAAUUUUGCAGUUAUGCUAAACGAAGCUAGUUUGGUAACAUUUAUCUCUAGAUUGUUAUUUGAACAGGGGGAUCUGUGAAAACAACCCUUUUUAGACCUAAUAUAACAGUAAUUUUCCAUAUUUCUUUCAUCUUUUCGUGUGCUACAAGUGAGAAAUAAUCAAUUUACAGCAAUUUGUUUAUUAAUUUUAUGGCUGGGAAAGCUUAGCCCUUCUGAAAUAUUUUGAAUGCUGUUCACUGCUCCACCUCAGAUGUAAUGCAUGUCACGAUCUGCAUGCUCUAGUCUAAUGGUUAACCGCCGUGCUAGAAGUGGAUUUGUGGUAGAGAAAUAUGUAAAAAAAAAAAAAAAAAAAAAAAAAAAAAAAAAGAUUUAAACGGAGAAAAAACAACCAACCUUCUCAGGGAUUGUUAUACAAUAAUCUCCUCUUGAACUUGGCCUACUGCAUGUUGAAUUUUAAAACUGCCUACAAGAGCCUGGUCUGCUUCCUCUUUGCACAAAAACGGCAAAGAAAACAUUUAAGAGGCGAAAGAGGCAAUAGUGAAUAA